AUGUCGACCACUUUGUCGCGCCUUUCGAUGGCCACAGCAAUCGUCAUCGUCGCAGGGCUCAUUAGUGGCGCUUCAGCCCUUGACUUGAGCUCGACCUCUAGUGUCCUCGCGACCCCAUCACCAUCGCCAUCUUCCCAGUCCAUACACUACCCUCUGGCAGGCCCAGACCCCUCAAGGGACGCGGAUGACAGCGGAGAAUGUAGGCUCCUCGGUCCUUUCUCACUUCUCGUGCAGGCCGCGCUUGGGGCACUGGCACUACUGUCCCUGGUCUAUAAAAGAUGGAGGGAGAGACCUCAGCGACCUGUCAAGGUCUGGGCCUUCGAUGUCUCAAAGCAAGUCUUUGGAUCAGCAAUGCUUCAUCUCGCGAACCUACUCAUGUCCAUGUUUUCUGCUGGCCAGCUGGAAAUUACCAGCGACUACAAACCGAACCCCUGCUCUUUUUAUUUGUUGAAUCUGGGCAUCGAUACUACACUUGUGCCAUUCAUUGUCAAAGUUGGUGAUUGGGCUCUGCGAUGGACGGAAGGCAAUGCGGCUGUCCAAAUAUUCUUCGUUAUGCUUCUUUUUCCCGUUAUCAUGAACGCGAUUCAGUACUACAUCAUUGACACGUUCAUCAAGAAACCUUCACAUCAGUUGCUGGAGGAAGAGGGCCGGGACGGAGACUGUUUAGAUGAUGAUCAUGACCAUCGUCACGCGCUGUUGGCUGGUUUAGAAGAUGAUGGAACGUUGGUGUCCGAAGAUGGAACUGUGGGGAAGGACGUUGGAAACGGUAUAGAAAGCCCUCCACGAGUGAAGGAGGCUUUGACGCAAUUCGACGCUACUGAGUAUCCGACAAUUCGCGGCGAAAGCAGCUCCGGGUCGUCAGCUUCGAUCGGCACGAAUAACAACAGUUUUGUUGAAGAUGAUCUGAUUUCAUCGUCUAUGAGGCUUACGGCACAGCAAAGAGACCCAUAA